AUGCAAGAGCAGGUGUUCGACCCGUCGCUCUCGGUGCCGCACGGACCGUCGCUCGAGACGCUCGCGGCGUCCAUUCCGCUGACGUGGCGUCGCGCCUUGCUCGCGCUGCUGUCGUACGGCUUGUUCUUUACCGACAUUCCGCGCAGUGGGUACGGCUUUGCCACGUUGCCCGCCGACACGUUCAACCAAAUCCAAGAGACCAUCUUUUCGUACUGGGGACCGUACAAUUACCCCGUCAUGCGCAUCAACCGCACAAGCAGCGGCUCGUUUACGGGUGCGACCGGCGUCAAGCCAGCGGCCGCCGCGACCGUAUGGAGCUACCGGUCCGAUACGUGCUCCGUCGGACUGCGUGCGCUCGUCCAGCACUAUGGCAUUCCUGGAUGGGAUCCGUGCCUGCUCUACGCGCACGCCUGCGCUAGCGCGUCGCUGGACCUCGCUGCGGUGUUUGCAAUGCUCGACAACACGGUUGCGUCGCUCGUCGCUCGCGAGUCGCAGCCGACUGCACUGCGCGUCGAGUCGUUCUACAAAGACAAAGUGCACGAAGCGUUGGCGCCCACCGAUGCCUUCAUGGAGCACGAGUUUCGCAGUGUGCAGGCGUACGUCAUGCGCUCGGCCUUCGACGCGUGCGACGCCUCGCACGCUUACCGACCCAACUACUGCGAGCAGAGCCAAGCCGACUAUAGCACGCUGAGCGCGCCGCGCGCUGGCAUUGGCCGCGUCUCGCAACACAUUCAAAAGCGGUUUGCAUCCACCCUUGCUGCCUUGAAUGCGACGAUGCAAGUGGCCGAGAUGAUUGUGAUUGAGAGUGCCGCUGACUUUCGUCCGUGGAUCGGCGGCGUUGCGAUCCUACGUCCACGCAACUUUGACCUGGUGACUCUUCUCCGCGUUCGCAACUGCUCGUCGCCGACGGCGUGCACGACCGUCUCGGUCGACGACUACCGGUACGAGGGUGGUCUUUUGAACACCAACACGGUCCAUACCUACCGGACGGUGCGAUGUCUCCGCUUCGUGGGGCAAAUGUACAACAUCAUUCGCGUCGGCGUCUUGUUUUAUGGCUGCUACCUUGCGGCCUGGUUCCCCGUCGUCUUGUUUGUGAUUGCGCAUGUGAUUGACGCGCCGUUCGUGUACCUUCUCGUGUACCGUGCGUUUAGCAGCGUCAACGGCAACAUCGUCGUUACGAGCGAUUACAUUGUCUUUGUGCUCACGAUGCUCUCGUGCCACAUGCGCAACGUGUGGGUGCUCAGCCUCUUGACCAAAGGGCUCUUGCUGGCGACGCACGGCCGCCGCCGGGGCCAAACGAUCCUUGGUUUUCGUGGCUACGUCCUCCCGCUCGUCUCGUUUUGCUCGAUUGGCUUUGAGGUUCGACUGCUCUCGAUCCGCAAUACAGACGUGGUGCGCCGCGCGGCCGUGGCGCCAAGCGCAACCGUGUCUGCGAUCCGCUAUUUGCACACGCUGCCCAGCAAUGUGCGCUACUGGGGGCUCUUUCUGGACCUGCGCUGUCUCUUGAUGGCGUUCAUUUGCCUCCACAUUGCACUUCGCUUCCUUCGCGUCAACAUUGUGCGUGCGCGGUCGCUCGUGCCGUACGCUGUGACCUCGUACUGCAGCAGCAGCAUGUUUAGCACCUCCUGGAACACGCUCUUUCUCGACAAGGACACGUCGACGGUCUCGAUGCACAAGAUGGCGACGCAGUCGGCGGUCGCGAAUUUGCUGUACCCGUGUGGCGGCCGGCGACAGGCCGAACACGUGCUCAUGAACGUUGCGUGGAUGACCGACCCGAUCGAGUACAUGGCGCACGCGCUCUGGUGCACGUCGACCGUGUACGUCUACAAGGAUAGCCGCACGGGCCGUCUCUACUAUCACCCGCUGAGCAUUGAAGAGCUUCGGACGCACGACGACGACGAGAUGGACAAGAUCCUGACCGUCGUCCGACAAGACACGUUGGUAUCGCUGCGCUGGAGCGACCGCAUUUACACAUGCUAG